CGCUGUGUAGUAUUUGUUUAAACGUUAAGGCACACACAACGCCAAGAGGCUCUACGGAUCAACAAGUGGUGUUAGUGUAUCGAAUUCCCGAAAAAAUCCUCCAGCAACAGGCGGCAAAAUAAAAAUUCGAUUUCAUUUUUUUUUUCAAUUUUCCUAUCGAUAUUAAUUACUAAGUAUUGUACAUAGUAGUUUGCGCUCGUGUCAAAGACAAUCGCGAAGUGUAUUUAACAACAACAAAAAAAAAAUAAGCUUAUAAUCAAGGCAAAAGUUAUAAUUCACUGCCGGAAAUUGUGUACUUCUACAAAAUUGGUAGUUUAGUAAUACGCACAUCAUAGUAAAGCCAAAAACACAAAAAUGCCAGCAAAAUUUGAAUACUCACUUGGCGUACAUGAGCUGAAGUCAAAGGAACACCGCCUUUGGCAGGCGCUCGUAGCGGAAUUUCUAGGCAACUUUUUGCUGAAUUUCUUUGCAUGCGGUGCAUGUACCCAACCUGAAGAUGGCACAUUUAAGGCGUUGGCUUUUGGCUUGGCUGUUUUCAUAGCGAUUACGGUCAUUGGCAAUAUUAGCGGUGGUCACGUAAAUCCCGCCGUCACGGUGGGUUUACUGGUGGCGGGACGUGUCAGUGUUUUGCGUGCCGUGUUCUAUAUAAUAUUUCAAUGUUUGGGCUCCAUAGCCGGCACAGCAGCCGUUCGUACACUUCUCGAUGAAGCUUACUACAAUGGCUUGGGACACACGCAUCUUCUAUCCAAUAUUACCGAGCUACAGGGGCUCGGCAUUGAAUUCUUUUUGGGUCUUGUCUUGGUGCUUACCGUAUUCGGCGCAUGCGAUGCCAGUAAACCAGACUCCCGCUUCACUGCGCCACUCGCCAUUGGACUCUCCGUCACACUCGGACACUUGGGCACAAUUCGUUAUACCGGCGCUAGCAUGAAUCCUGCACGUACGCUCGGCACUGCCGUCGCUGUCGACAAUUGGGAUGCCCACUGGGUAUACUGGGUCGGACCGAUUCUAGGUGGUAUCGCCGCGGCGCUUAUCUACACACAAGUGCUGGAGAAACCAGCGGUACAUACGAGCGUGAAAGUGAUUGAGGUGUCCGAUAAGUAUCGGACACACGCUGAUGAGCGUGAGAUGAGAAAACUGGAUAGUGCACGUGAUUAUGCUUAAAUACGAGAACAUACAAGCAAACAUAAACGAAAUGAAAUUUAAAAAAAAGUGCCUUAUAAAAUUUUGAAAGAAAAUAUUUAAAAAAAGAAAUUAACUGGCUCAAGAUUGCGUUUCAGUAUUUAAAUAGUAUAUAUAAUAUACACAUACAUAUUUAGCUGUGUGUUCACAAAUAAAUUAAUAUAUAAUAGUAAAAAUAUUUUGAAAAAAAAAAAAACAGUUCAAAAACCGCGCAAGCUGCAGGUCAGUUGAUGUAUUUUGUGUGUACGAAAACAUAAAACUCCGCUAAAAAUAUCCACAGCAACGCCAGAGAGCAGGAAAAAGCAGGAAAAAAUUCUCGGAGCCGAAGCAAGGAUACGCCAGGAACAGCACAGCGCCUCACAAGGGAUUAAAGUGAAAUGCAUAAAGCAGUGUGAAGCAACCUGCCAAUAUCAGCACUAAAAUAUUUUAGUAAUUUAAGUAAAAUAUAUUUAAAAUAUAAUAUGUAACUACACUACUUUAUAUGCGUAUGUAUUUGUAUUUACCGCUUACUUUUUGUAUUGUCCACUUUUUCCCUCUAAUAUGUAAUUAUUUUUGUAAAAUUUGCAUUUUCCUUUUAAUUGCUACAAUCAAAAAUGUUAUUUUUAUUUUAUUAUUCUACUAUUUCUAAGUUAUUUGUGUGCAUUUUAUAUAAUUUAUGUAAUUAACUAUUUAUAUAUCUAUGUAUAUAGGUUUACACAUAAACAGAAUGCGUAUAUUUUUCACUAGGAUUUUCGAUCAGUUAAAUCCAAAAAAAAAAAAAAACGAUCUAACACAUCAUAAUAAAGCAACGUAUAUGUUUACAAUAAAAACAAGAUUAAAUACUAAAUAAGUCGAACAAAAAAAA